AUGAAAUUGCUUGUAAUUCACAGAAUCAUUGCAUUAACAGGAAAUGGGAUCCAACAUGGAGCUGGUAUGGCCAGAGUCAGAGGCAUAUUCGUCACGGAUGAACAAUUGCUCACAUGCAAAUUCAUCCCUAGCUGCAAUUCGAGCGAAUUUAGCGGGCAGAUUGUGCAUGGGGUUGUGUUGCGUAGAGUAGCAAGGCAAGGUGUGAAAGACUUGGAUGGACUGAGUUUCUUAAUAGGGUGCGACGUUGCUCAGUUCACUCGUCAGGAUUUCUGUUUGAACACAGGGCUUUGUUUUGGGGAAGUGCCUGAAGUUUCCAGUGGAGAAAGUGAUGAAAUUAGACUUCAGAAAAGAUAUUUUAUAGACGAAGGAAUUACAUGUAAUGCUUUAGAAGAAGCAUUUUUGAGGGACAAGCAUUUGAACAUCAAUCUAAAUUACCUGACCCUUGUAAAGGACUUGGAUGCAUUCAAUAGGUAUCCGUGGGGUUUGGUGUCCUUUGACAAAACCCAAGACAGUCUAUUUUCUGCACCAACAAAGUAUGUGAAAAGCUUUGAAAAUGAAGAGGGAAGAGGGAAAGGGAAAAAUAAGGUAACGGGAACAAGCCGGAGAAAUGAGAAGGGCAAGAAGGAUAAGCAUGGUGAAGUGAAAAGGGGGGUGGCUGGAGUUUUAAAGGUUUCACGUAUGCUUUCCAGCUCUCCCGCGUAUUUUGCGAUGGAGAACUACUACGUCUGUUCCCGAGAUGAGAAAUCAGUUCAGUUGCGGGCGCUAUGUCCGAGUGAAGAGGAAAUGAGACAACCAUAUUGGAGUUGGCCACAGGAUCACCCUGCUGUCGUCUCGGCAAAGUCAAUUCCUUCUUCAUGUGUUGACCUUGAUGAGUUGAACAAGGUGGUAAGCUUGUUGAGGUCCGAGUUGUUUCAAGUAAAGUGGGAAAAGGAUGUCCUUGAGUUAAAGGUCAUACGGAUGGAAAAACUUUUCGACCACUGUUUAGGUCCUCAGUUUGAGCAUGAAGGAGAGGAAAAGGAAGAGGAGGGGAUUGAAGGGGGUGAAGUGCAAAGAAAACCAAGUGAAGUAGAGGAAGCUCAAAGGAAAAGAAGUGAGGGAGAGCAAGUGAAAAUAAAAAGCAGCAAGGGAGAGGAAGCGCAAAGAAAGAGCAGUGAGGGAGAGGAAGUGAAAAGAGAAAGCAGUGAGGGAGAGGAACUGCAAAGAAAAAGCAAUGAGGGAGAGGAUCCGCAAAGAAAAGAAGGGAGGGCAAGGAAGUGA